AUGUCUCUCCAAAUCUCUUCAUUCAAUGCACCUCUAAUUCUUUCGUCUGUUGCAUUAUUCAGCUCCACCGCUUACGGUGCAGUGCUUGGGGGGUUAGAUAACCCCAACGCAGGCAAUGAUGCAACCACUACUGAUGAGAAAGCAGAUCAAACUACUACCAAGAAGGAGGAUAACACUACUGAAAAGACUGCCACCGAUGCCACCAAGGAAAAAACAGAUGCUACCACAGCCACGGAGGCUACUGCUGAAAAGACAACCGACACCACUGCCGAAAAGACAACUGAUGCCACUACUGAAAAAACCCAAGCUACCACCGAUGCCAAAGAUACCUCUACUACCCAGUGGUGGACUCCAGCCUCUGCUGCCACUUCGACUGCCACCACCGACAAAACCUCUCAAACUAAAGAAGCGAAAGAGUCUCACGUCACCUAUAACCAAUGGGGGUUCACUGGGUCCCAGUCGGUAUGGAAAGCCACCACCUUGGCCUCUGGCUCCAGCUCGGGCUCCCACUCUUCUCAUUCAGUCAACGGUAAUAAAACCUCCAACGCCAACAGACAAGUCUCCAGUCCGUUGGUUGAAAAAUCUUACGGUUGGAAGAAAACCUUGUUAAUUGGCGGUCUUUUCGGUGUCACCCUUGGCUUACAUUCCUUAUGA